AUGUCUUUUCUCCAUACCCAUUCGUGCGAGUGUUUCAAGAGUGAACUAAAUCUUUUUACUCUACCGCCUACUCAGACCAGUAUCAAGAGUUCGCAAUGGAUUUAUUACAAACCUUUGUCGACUCUCGCGGACGACGCACCCAUAGAGUUUGUCGUACCUGGUCAUGGCGAGGACUAUAUAAAUCUCGCGCAUACUCUUCUUAGUCUUCGUGUAAUACUGAACACCCCUGAAGCCCCGCCUGCCGCUUCUAACAGCGGUGGUGAUGCAGUGGCAGCGUCAGUGGGGCCUGUGAAUAACUUUUUACAUUCUAUGUUCAACCAAAUCGACGUGUAUUUCAAUCAGAAACUCGUGUCACCUCCGAACAAUGCUUAUGCAUAUCGCGCUUAUCUCGAGACAUUAUUGAAUUAUUCUUCAGAAUCAAAAACUUCCCAUCUUACCACCUCGCUAUAG